UGUCGCAGUCCAAAUAUAUUCACAGGACCGUACUUCGAUCCCUUCAGAGCCUUCGAGUUUUCACAUCACCGACCGAAUCCUAACGAAUCUCUUGGUCUCUCAUCCAUCUCCUUCAUCAUUCUCCCUCUCUGAUUUGCUCUACAAGUUUAGUCGAGCUAAUUAUCAGGCCAGAGAAAAUAUGACCUUCACUCUCGACUCGGCUUCCACCUGGAAAGAUCGUCACUCGAAAGACAAAUUCCCCAAAUUUCAAAAACCCGACUUGGAUGACCCAGGUCUGACUCCCGAGAAAUUGGUGGACUUUCAUGUCACUCAUAACCCUAAUUAUCCUUUUGCCAUCCUCCCUGCUUCUGAAAAUCAUCACGCCGAGAAUGACAUCAUAACGUGGAACGAAAUCGGAAAUACGGUGAUCAACAUCGCACGAGAUUUGAGUAGUGCAGGUUCAGCUCCCACCGAUGCUUGUCCUCGCCCUGUCGUUGGAAUUAUCGCGUAUAGUGAACCGUUGGUCUACUUCACUGUGAUAUUGGCUCUCAUGAGAGCAGGAUGUAUCCCCUUUGCAAUUUCCCCGAGAAACUCUCCGGCUGCGAUUACCCAUUUGCUUCAAUCAUCGGGUUGUCAGAGUUUAUAUGUCGAAUUCAACCCACAGCUGCUCACUCAAGAUGUUCACAAUAUGUCAACUGGCGAGAAGAUAAGUCGGGAGCAGAUGGACGAGGUUCUCAAACUUUUGCCAGAAUUUCAUCUAUUGAAGCUGCUUGAGCUUCCAACGGCACAUAGCCUCUUCCCUCGUCUCUUCAGCCAGUCUGCACAUCAAUUCGACGCAGAUGUUCCUCAGAAAUUGGCAUCAAUAUCAGCACCGCUUCGAUCCCCUUGCGAACCAAUCAUGAUUCUUCAUUCGUCGGGUACCACUGCCUUUCCCAAGAUAAUCUACUUGAACCCAGCUGUGCUUCAAUCUUGGAUGAAAUGUCCACUAUACAACAGUUUUUGUUGGGAGGGAGAGUUAACUGCGGCCAUGGUCUUGCCAGCCUUCCACUCGAUGGGUUUUCAUUUUGGAUCACUCAUCAACCUUUCUACGGGCUGCAUCUCGGGACAUUUCCGGCCGGAACUUGGGCCCGAUGGGCGAUGUAAGCCAAAGGUACCCAAUUCAUUCAAUAUCUUAGAAGCGAUAAGAUCCUUAGGUUGUACUGUAGCUUCUUUCAGCCCGAUGAUGCUUACUGAUUACGCUUCCGACCCAUCGAGUGUUGAAGCCCUUCGAAAUCUUAAGAGAGUGGGAAUCGGUGGAGGACCUUUGUCCACUGAAAUCGGCAAUCACCUCAUCAAGGGCGGGGUCAAACUUUGCAUGAUGUAUGGCGCAACUGAAGUCGGUCCAAUUUCUGCGCUUUUAUCUGAGCAUUGCUUAGGAGAAAAUUGGGAGUACUUUGAGAUGUCACCGCAACUCACUACUCGUCUCAUUCCACAUGAAAAUGAUCUUCUUGAGCUUGUUAUCUUGUCCUCAGAUAAACACCGAUGUGCAUCGACGGUGAUAGAGACCGCUCUGUCACCUCAAACAUAUCACACAAAUGACUUGAUAUGCAAACAUCCAACCCUUCCCUUGUAUCGUGUUGUGGGCCGUGUAGAUGAUCAAAUCAUGCUAUCUAAUUCUGAGAAGACUAACCCUGGGCCAAUGGAAGCUAUCAUGUCGUUCAACCCUGCGAUCAAGAGUGCACUGAUGUUUGGACGAGGAAAGCCUCAAAAUGGCGUGAUACUUGAGCCGGAAGAAUCUCAUGCUAUAGACAUAACUAAUGAAGAAGCUAUGGAGGCAUAUAUCGACCUGAUAUGGCCCUCGAUUGCGGAGGCGAACAAGUUUGGCCCCUCCCAUAGUCGAUUGACUCGUGAAUUGAUCAUGGUCAUUGAUCCUAGGAUCACUCCACUUCCUAGAACUCCAAAGGGUCAAAUCUCACGCUACAAAGCUCUUGAGAUGUUCAAGGACCAGAUUGAAGCGAUUUAUACACAAGAUCAGAAAUCUUCACCAUCAUCUCUUGAAGAAGCAUUUGACGCCAGUGGCGCAGUCAUAAGUGAGAGUGUUCGGGAAUGUGUCAAAAAGAUUGUCAAUAAGCAUCUGAAUUGUGAUGUGAAUGCGGAAGAGGAUUUGUUUACUCAAGGGUGUGAUAGUCUACACGCCCGACAAAUCAGGGCACAAAUUGUACAACUCAUGAAUUCAGGGCCCAACAGUCUCAUAACUGUACCUCACAACAUCAUGUAUCGAUAUCCUUCCAUUGCGAAACUCUCGGAUUGGAUCAUAAGUAUUCUUUCACAUACACCAUUAUUGAAUCCCAAAUCAGAAGAACUUUGUGAGUCAUUGAAGAAAAUGAUAUUGAAAUAUUCACCCAAGGUUUCUGUAAGGGUGGAAGUGUAGUGUAUCUGUGUUAUGGGUAUUGCAGUCAGUAUGGGUUUAGACCAUUUAGGAUAUAUCAGUUGUUUGGACUUCCCCCCUUAUUCUUUUUUCCUUGUAGCUUUUGUCUACAGCCAUUCUGAUAUUUGUUGUUGCUCACAGUUUUGAAAAGAAAAGUUUAUGAGCUC